AUGGAGUACGAUCCGGCCACAAAGGGGGCUGAGGACCUGAGGCACGUCCUCCACAGACACAGAGGACAAACGCCGGACAAGGAGACGCUGAAAGGUGUUGAUGCAAGCAAUGCACUCGUGCUCCCGGGGAGGAAGAAGAAGAAGGCCAAAGCCCCGCCCCUGGCGAAGAAGAAGAAACCCCUGACCAAGAAAGAGAAGAAAACCCUGCAGAAAAUCCUAGAACAGAAGGAAAAAAAGAGUCAGCGAGCAGAGAUGCUGAGGAAGCUGAGUGAAGUGCAGGUGUCUGACGCCGAGGUGAAGCUCCUGUACACCACAUCUAAGCUGGGCACAGGAGCCCGCAUGUACUACACCAAAGAGGAGCCCGACGAGGGAGCCCCCCAGGGUCCAGGCAAGAUCAGCAGCCUUAGCGGGGCCGGCCGGAAGCGCCGCCAGCAGCUAUCAGAAGAAGAGGAUUCAGAGUCUUCCGAGGCGUCGGAGGAUGACAGAGACCUGGAGGCGGGGCAAAUGGAGGCUGGUGCAGGGACACCUGCACAACCCCCAGAGGCCGAGGCUGAGAAACCAGCGCCCAUCCACCAGUCCACGCCGUCUGGAACCCCUGCUGCUGCUCCUUCAGCGGUUGCAGCCGCAGACCCAGCCCCCAGCAGGCCCCCGGCGAAGCCUGCCGUCUUCGUCCCUGUGAACCGCUCCCCCGAGAUGCAGGAGGAGCGGCUGAAGCUCCCCAUUCUGGCGGAGGAGCAAGUGAUCAUGGAGGCCGUGGCCGAGAGCCCCAUCGUCAUUGUGUGCGGUGAGACCGGCAGUGGCAAGACCACGCAGGUCCCUCAGUUCCUCUACGAGGCCGGCUACAGCAGCGACGACAGCAUCAUCGGGGUCACGGAGCCUCGCCGAGUGGCCGCCAUGACCAUGUCCCAGCGAGUGGCCAAAGAGAUGAACUUAUCACAGCGGGUGGUCUCCUAUCAGAUCCGGUACGAAGGCAACGUGACUGAGGAGACCAGGAUCAAGUUCAUGACGGACGGCGUGCUGCUGAAAGAGAUCCAGAAGGACUUCCUGCUGCGGAAGUAUAAGGUGGUGAUCAUCGACGAGGCUCACGAGAGAAGUGUGUACACCGACAUUCUCAUCGGCCUUCUGUCCCGCAUUGUGACCCUCCGGGCAAAGGUCGACUCCAGGCAGUUCCCGGUCACCGUGCACUUUAACAAGCGGACGCCACUGGAGGACUACAGCGGGGAGUGCUUCCGGAAGGUCUGCAAGAUCCACCGGAUGCUGCCUCCAGGUGGCAUCCUGGUGUUCCUGACAGGGCAGGCAGAGGUGCAUGCCAUGUGCCGCCGGCUCCGGAAGACCUUCCCCUGCACCCGGCGUGGGCUGCAGCGAGAGAAGGAAGAUGAGGGAGACUCCGUGGAAGAAACCCGGAAGUUUAAGAAGUCUCGGGCGAGGGCCAAGAAGGCUCGGGCUGCGAUGCUGCCCCAGAUUCACCUGGAUGACUACUCGGUGUUGCCCGCGGGCGAGGGGGAUGAGGACCGGGAGGCCGAGAUGGAUGACGAGGAAGAAGCCCUGGGCUCUGACCUGGACCUGGAUCUGGGCGAACUGGACGAGGGGGCCGGCGAAGGUGAGCAGCCAGAUGCCUCCCUCCCGCUGCACGUGCUCCCGCUGUACUCUCUGCUGGCCCCCGAGAGGCAAGCACAGGUCUUCAGACCGCCCCCAGAGGGGACACGGCUGUGUGUCGUGGCCACCAAUGUGGCUGAGACCUCCCUCACCAUCCCCGGCAUCAAGUACGUGGUGGACUGCGGGAAGGUCAAGAAGCGUUACUAUGACCGAGUCACGGGCGUGUCCUCCUUCCGCGUCACCUGGGUGUCUCAGGCCUCCGCCGACCAGCGGGCAGGCCGAGCCGGGCGGACAGAGCCCGGCCAUUGCUACAGGCUGUACUCCUCCGCCGUCUUUGGCGACUUUGAGCGGUUCCCUCCUCCAGAAAUCACGCGGCGGCCCGUGGAGGACCUGAUCCUCCAGAUGAAGGCCCUCAACAUCGAGAAGGUCAUCAACUUCCCGUUCCCGACCCCGCCCUCCGUGGAGGCCCUCAUCGCCGCCGAGGAGCUGCUGAUUGCACUGGGGGCCCUGGAGGCGCCCCAGAAGUCAGAGAGGGUGCGGCAGCUGCAGAGGUCCCGGGUGAGCUGCCCCAUCUCCCCGCUGGGCAGGACCAUGGCCACGUUCCCCGUGGCACCUCGCUUCGCCAAGAUGCUGUCCCUGAGCCGCCAGCAUGGCUGUCUGCCCUACACCAUCACCAUCGUGGCCGCCAUGACCGUGCGCGAGCUCUUCGAAGAGCUGGACAGACCGGCUGCCAGUGAUGAAGAGCUAGCCACGUUGAAGACGAAGCGGGCCCGCGUGGCCCACGUGAAGAGGGCCUGGGCGGGGCGGGGCGCCUCCCUGCUGCUUGGAGACCUCAUGGUGCUUCUGGGUGCAGUGGGAGCCUGGGAGUUCGCUGGUGGCUCGGCCCAGUUCUGCGAAGCCAAUGGGCUCCGGUACAAGGCCAUGCUGGAGAUCCGGCGUCUGCGGGGCCAGCUGACCUCUGCAGUCAACGCCGUGUGCCCCGAGGCUGGCCUGUUCGUGGACCCCAAGAUGCAGCCGCCCUCUGAGACUCAGGUGACCUACCUGCGCCAGAUUGUCACGGCCGGCCUGGGCGACCACCUGGCCCGCAGGGUCCAGAGCGAGGAGCUGCUGGAGGACAAGUGGAGGAACGCCUAUAAGACUCCUCUCCUGGAAGACCCCGUCUUCAUCCACCCCGGAUCCGUCCUCUUCAGGGAGCUCCCCGAGUUUGUGGUCUACCAGGAGAUCGUGGAAACCACAAAGAUGUACAUGAAAGGUGUUUCGGCGGUGGAGGUGCAAUGGGUGCCCACGCUGCUGCCUCCCUACUGCCAGUUCGGCCCACCGGCUGAGGAGCCGCCCCCCACCUACUGCCCUGAGGCCGGGCGGGUGCUGUGUCACCGGGCCAGCGUGUUCUAUCGGGUCAGCUGGCCACUCCCUGAAGUCCAGGUGGACUUCCCCGAGGGCAUCGACCGGUACAAACACUUUGCCCGGUUUCUCCUGGAAGGACAGGUCUUCCACAAGCUGGCCUCGUACCAGAGCUGUCUGCUGUCCAGCCCUAGCACGAUGCUGAAGACGUGGGCCAGGCUGCAGCCCCGCACAGAGAGCCUCCUGAAAGCUCUGGUCUCCGAGAAAGCAGACUGCCGAGAUGCCCUGCUGGCCGCUUGGAAGAAAAACCCCCGCUACCUGCUGGCGGAAUACUGCGAGUGGCUCCCACAGGCCAUGCACCCCGACAUAGAGAAAGCCUGGCCCCCCCACCUCUGACCCCUGACCUCAGACUGAGGACCGAUCUGGACACCAGUGUCCGCCGUGACUGUCACCCAGCCCUCCAGCCUGCUUCCAGAGGUAGGUCAGGAGCCCCGGAGACUCGCGUUCAUCGCAGGCCGCCCUGGGCUGAGCGUCCUGUCCUGUCCUGGUGGCAGCCUUGUUGGAGCUGCUGUUUAAGAGACGGCUGGUGUCCGCUCACGGGCUCGUUCUCGGACCACACAUGUCACACAGCUCGGAGUGGCAGCCUGGAGGGGCUGACGCCCAUCCUCUGUGCAGAGGAGGCGCUCAGAGCAUCUCCUUGGAGGGGGAGUCACUGUCCCCACAGUGGGGGUGGGGAUUGCCCCAGGGCCUGGCACUGGCCUCAGGCACGUGGACAGCUCUGUGAUGACUUUUCCCGUGCCUCUGCCAUUGGCCCAUGGAGGUCAGGCCGUGGGCUGGCACCUCGCCCGACAGCUGCCCUGUUGGCCGGCCUGCCUUCCCUGGGGGCAGAGUGGGUCCCCAGUGGAGGAGGAGGGAUAAGAGGGGAGGUCCCUGAUGAGGACUGGGCUGUCCCACCCAGAGCACAGCGCCUGCCGAGGGUGAUCCCGGCACGCUCUGGGGUUCCUGGUGGACAGGGUGGUUCCAGCAGCUCUCGGGGAGCCCUGGUGAAGAAAGGCGUGAAAUGCCCCCUUCCUUCCACUUGGACCGUAUCCUCGCAGACUCGGGGCAAGAAUGACCCAUGUGGGCACACGCCCAUUUCCCGGACCUCAGCUAGUCUGUCUGCUCCCCUCGCCUCUCCUCUCCCACUGCCACUGCCACUCCCACUGGACUUUCUCUCUGGCCCCCCGACAGCCAGUGCUCCUCCAGCCCAGCCCCCCACCCCACCCUCAAGCCCCCUCCCUUACGCCACACCCUUCUCCCUUCCAAGGCCGGGCUAAGGCCCACGGCAGCCUGCUGGCCCAUCCUGCUGGACCCACACAGUGAUUAAGGAAAGCUUUCAUUGUUCCUUGCUAACAUGUUGUUACUGUAUAACUGUAAUUUUGCUACUGUUAUGAAUCAUCAUGUAAAUAUCUGAUAUUCAGGAUGUAUUUUCAUUAUUACAAAUUGAACAUUAUUAAUAAUUCUUGAAGUGUCUUUUACCUCCACUACUGCUGUUUUCUACACAGUGGCUGCUCUCUACACGUGACUGUUCUGCAUAAGCACAUUAUGGCACCAACCCUGUCACACACUUGUAUUGGUACAGGGUGUAUGUGAUGGGGUUGGCACAAGGAUGUCAUUAUGUGGGCAAGACCCUCCUGGAGACAGAGGAGGAGCAAUGUCUCGGUUUCUAAGACCAUCAGAAAUACAUGUUUUCCGAUGGUCUUAGGCGACCCCCAGUCCCCAAAGGGGUCACGACCCACAGGUUGAGAGCCACUGUGCUACGUGGAAGACAUUGUCUCAAGCACCGUCAGUUUUCUCAGGUACCCCAGCAGCCUUCUGACUGACUUCCUGCCCUUCCUUUCCCAUUCACUCAGCCGCCAGCCCAAACCAAAACCAACCCCACUGCCGUCCAGUAGACUCCAGUUCACAGGGAACUUGCAAAUCAGGGUUGAGUUGCCGAAGCAGUAAGCAUUGACAUCCCACCUUUCAGAGUGGCUGGUGGGUUUGAACCUUGGACCUUCUGAUAAGCAGCCCAAUUGCCUCGCUGGCCAGAGCAAAAGAAAAAAGUGGAUCAGGGGACAUGUUUUAAAACUUCUUGUGUUUUUUCAUUGGGAUGUAGUAAAUGUGCGGUACGAUUCAUCAAUGGCUUUAAGCGUCCAGAGUGGCACAAACCUCAAAGACACGAUGUCAUUCCCCAAGAGAAAACCCACCGUCCCUUAGUAGUCACCCCCCAUGCCCUCCGCCCCAGCCCCAGGAAACUAGAGACGUUCUCUCUGGAUUUGCCUGCUGUGGAUAUUUCAAAUAAAGAGUUAAUAUAA